GUGAUUAGCAUAUCAGGUUAGUCUUGAUUACCCACUACAGCUCAGGAACACAGAAAGUCAGAAAAGAGCUCAGAAAAGGGUGAGAGAAACAAGGAAACUUUUUCUUCUUUUUCACUGCAGCAGUUGCAGGUUAAACGGCUAUAUGGAUGCCUUGGAAGGUGUUUUCUCAACAUGCAGAUGUGAGUUUGAGAUGUAAUAUCCCCACAGAAGACGCAGAGCAGGAGGAAGAAGAGGAGGAAAUGGCAGCUUCUCAGGGACGGCUGACAUUCCAGGAUGUGGCCAUAGACUUCACUCAAGAGGAGUGGGAAUGCCUGGACCUCGGUCAGCGGGAAUUGUACAGGGACGUGAUGUUAGAGAACUACAGGAACCUGGCCUCCUUGGGUCUUGUGGUCUCUAAGCUGGACCUGGUCACCUUUCUGGAGCAAAUGAAGAAUCCCUGGGAUGUAAGGAGACUGGAGACACCAGCCAUAUACACAGCACCAAGUGGUCUCGCAGGCAGCAGUGAGCCGUCCUGAACUGAAUGUGGGGAGCCCAGAUGAGAACCAGGAGUCCUUGCUGCCAGACCAGCAGGGGCCAGAGGCGAGAAGCAAAGGGACCCUGGGUCUUUCCUCUGCUUGAAAGCAAGAAAGUCUCAAAGAGGCAAACCCCGUAAAAACAGAUACAAAGUUCACUAUUAGAGACAAGGCAGAAUGUCUGGGCAAGCACACAGAGAAGCAGUUUAUUUAUUUAAGACAGAGACUAAGUACCACACACCGGGUGAGCAGUGCCGGAGUCCUGGGUGAGAGCCCAGUGAGAGGAGACUUAUAUCACUCACACAGGACGGCCUUCUGGGCCUUUGUUUACAUUUGGAAAAAACAUAUAUCAUAUAAUACCACUUCUAGGUGGAACCUAAACAUGGAUACAAGUGAACUUCUUACAAAACAGAAACAGCAUCACAGACUUACAAAAAUUUAUAGUUCCCCAAAGUGAAAUGUGUGGGGCAGGAAGAAAUGAGCAGGUUGAGAAUAACAUUGGCAAAGUAAUGUCUCUGCUUUUGAAUAUGCUAUCUAGGUUGGCCAUAACU